AUGGGUCUCUUCAAGAGAUCAGCCCCGAACAAGGAGGCAACAAUUGUUGCCCAGCAGGAGGCUCCUAAGUUUGAACAUGUCAACUGGAUGAAGGAGCCUGGCCUGAGGAAGCUCUACUGGCACGCAUUCGUCUUGUGUAUCGCGUCUGCUACGACUGGUUACGAUGGCAUGUUCUUUAACUCUGUCCAGAACUUCGAAACAUGGAAAGAUCAAUUCGGCGAUCCAAAAGGCUCGAUGCUGGGCUUGCUCGGAGCCAUCUACCAGAUCGGCAGCGUCGCUUCCAUUGCCGUUGUACCAUGGUUCGCCGACCACCUCGGCCGCAAACCGCCUAUUGUCAUUGGCUGCGUGAUCAUGAUUGUGGGAGCCGUGAUGCAAGGUGCCGGUAGCUCUUUGGGUGUCUUCAUUGGAGGUCGAUUCCUCAUGGGUUUUGGCAACUCCUUCUCACAACUGGCGUCUCCCACGCUUCUCACAGAGAUUUGUCACCCACAGCACAGAGCCCGUCUGACAACGGUUUACAACUGUCUCUGGAACGUCGGAGCUCUAUUUGUCUCGUGGCUCUCUUUUGGCACGAACUACCUUAACAAUGAGUGGUCAUGGAGAGUCCCGGCCUUGCUUCAGGCGUUCCCUUCUGCAAUUCAGCUCUGUUUCAUUUGGUGGGUUCCUGAGUCACCGCGUUACUUGAUUGCCAAGGACAAGCACGAACAAGCUCUCGAAAUCCUCGGAAGAUAUCACGCCAAUGGCAACAUCAACGACCCAACUGUCCAGUUUGAGUACCGCGAAAUCAAGGAAACUCUCGCCCUGGAACUCGAGGCCAAGAAGCAGAGCAGCUACAUCGACUUCGUCAAGACCAAGGGCAACCGCUACAGAUUGGCUGUCCUGAUCUCUCUCGGUAUCUUCUCGCAAUGGUCUGGCAACGCCAUCAUUUCAAACUACUCCAGCAAGCUCUACGAGUCCGCCGGUAUCAUGGACUCGACCGCCAAGCUCGGCCUCUCCGCCGGCCAGACCACUCUUGCCCUCAUCGUAUCCAUCACCAUGGCCAUGUUUGUCGACAAGCUCGGCCGUCGCCCUACCUUCCUGGCUUCCACCGGCGGUAUGCUGACCACCUUCGUCUUCUGGACGUUGAGCACCGGCCUGUACGAGGACAAGGGCGCCGAUGGCGGCAGAUACGCCAUGAUCGUCUUCAUCUGGAUCUUCGGCAUCUUCUACUCCCUCGCCUGGUCCGGCCUGCUCAUCGGCUACGCCAUUGAGGUCCUGCCGUACAAGCUGCGUGCCAAGGGUCUCAUGAUCAUGAACCUGUCCGUCCAGGUCGCCCUGACCCUCAACACCUACGCCAACCCCGUCGGCUUCGACGCCUUCGAGCCCCACACCUGGAAGCUGUACCUCAUCUACACCUGCUGGAUCGCUCUCGAGUUCGUCUUCGUCUACGUCAUGUACGUCGAGACCAAGGGCCCCACCCUCGAGGAGCUCGCCAAGAUUAUCGACGGUGAUGAGGCUGCCGUCGCGAAGCUCGACCUCGACCAGGUGGAGAAGGAGGCCCAGAUCGAGUCGCACGAGGAGCACUUCACCGGGAAGUCUUAA